GUGGAGAAGAAUAGGCAUUUCUUGUGUUCCCUGCAAGUGAACCUUUGCAAGAAGUUCUCUUUUCCUUGAAAAAUGGAUGCCUGGCUCAGAGUAAAGGACAUGCAGCGCACAAUCCCUAGCAGAAGCUGAAAAUGGAUGAUGCCUACUGAUGCUUUUCUGCAACGUCAUCUCCUCUUUUCCUGUUUGAGAUGGGUGAUAUGAUCAUCAGGAAGAAGUUCUAAAAUAAGCCCAAGUGACCUCUUUGUCCCUUGACUCCUCUUUCCACAAGUCUAAAAACCAUCAGAAGACAUGACCAGUCAACUACCAGAGGAAUCUGUGGAGACCCAGAGCUCAGAUGAGCUUGAGUGCAAGAUCUGUUACAACCGCUAUAACCUGCGACAGAGAAAACCAAAAGUGCUGGAGUGCUGUCACAGAGUAUGUGCCAAAUGCCUUUGCAAGAUCAUAGACUUUGGUGAUUCCCCGCAAGGAGUCAUAGUAUGCCCAUUUUGCAGGUUUGAAACAUGCCUGCCAGACGAUGAGGUUAGUAGUCUUCCUGAUGACAACAACAUCCUUCUGAAUUUAGCUUGUGGGGGAAAGGGAAAGAAGUGCCUACCAGACAACCCAACAGAACUGUUGCUGACUCCCAAAAGGUUGGCGUCUCUGGUUAGCCCUUCUCACACCUCUUCUAAUUGCCUGGUUAUAACAAUCAUGGAAGUACAAAGAGAAAGUCCCCAGACUCUGAACUCAACCCCCGUGGUGGAAUUUUACAGGCCGACAAGUUUUGACUCAGUUGCAACUGUGUCCCACAACUGGACAGUAUGGAACUGUACAUCUUUGCUCUUCCAGACCUCAAUUCGGGUGCUAGUGUGGUUGCUAGGAUUGCUGUACUUCAGUUCCUUGCCUUUAGGGAUUUAUUUACUGGUAUCUAAGAAAGUCACCCUUGGGGUUGUCUUUGUAAGCCUUGUUCCUUCGAGCCUUGUUAUUCUCAUGGUUUAUGGCUUCUGCCAGUGUGUUUGCCAUGAAGUUCUAGACUGCAUGUCAUCUUGAUAACAAAUACAGUAAAAUAAGAUGUAUUGUCA